AUGAAGCCUCAGCGUGCAGCACUGAGCGCCGUGUUCCUGCUCGCUCUGCUCUCAGCUGAGUGCUGGGGCAGGAACGAGGAGGAGCGUCUGAUCAACUACCUGAUAAAAGAGCAAGGAUACAUCAAAGAGCUGCGUCCAGUUGAGAGGCAGCAGGAUGCCGUCGACGUUUACCUCGCGCUCACGCUCUCCAACCUCAUCUCUCUGAAAGAAGUCGACGAGACUCUGCUGACAAACGUAUGGAUAGAUCAUACGUGGACUGACUACCGGCUGUCGUGGAAUGUGACAGAGUUUGACGGCAUCGAGAUGCUUCGUCUGCCGACCAACAUGGUGUGGCUGCCGGAGAUUGUGCUGGAGAACAAUAACGAUGCCCAGUUCCAGGUGGCCUACUACAGUAAUGUACUGGUGGAUUCCACUGGUCUCUGCUACUGGUUACCUCCCGCCAUCUUCCGCUCCUCCUGCUCCAUCAAUGUCAACUACUUCCCCUUCGACUGGCAGAACUGCACGCUCAAAUUCACCUCUCUGACCUACAACGCCAAAGAGAUCAGGAUGCUGCUGAAAGAAGAAGCGGACGAAACCAGCAAAUGGACGGUGGAGUGGAUCAUCAUCGACCCUGCUAGCUUUACGGAGAACGGCGAGUGGGAAAUCAGCCACCGGCCGGCCAAGAGAAACACCUACAAGCACAUUCCCAUGGAGAGCAACAAGCACCAGGACAUCACCUUCUACCUGGUCAUCAAACGCAAACCCCUCUUCUACAUCGUCAACAUCAUCAUCCCCUGUGUGCUCAUCUCCUUCCUGGCCUCGCUCGUCUACUACCUGCCCGCUGACAGUGGUGAGAAGAUGACCUUGUCCAUCUCGGUGCUGCUGGCUCAGUCUGUCUUCCUGCUGCUGAUCUCUCAAAGGCUGCCGGAGACGUCCAUGUCUGUUCCACUUAUUGUCAAAUAUUUGAUGUUCAUCAUGGUGUUGGUGACGAUCGUGGUGUUGAACUGUGUGGUCGUCCUCAACCUGCACUUCAGGACACCGAGCACACACGUCAUGUCUGACUGGACCAAGAAGUUCUUCCUGGAGCGGCUGCCCCGCAUCCUGCGUAUGUCCCGCCCCUCCGAAGAGGAGCCGUACUGGGACGGAGCGUUGCCACGGCGAUCCAGCUCGGUGGGCUACAUCGCCUCGGCGGAGGAGUACUACAGCGUCAAGUCACGCAGCGAGCUGAUGUUCGAGAAACAGUCAGAGAGGCAUGGACUGACGGCGCGAGCCACGCACGCAGCAAUUAUGAAGCCCCAUGACGAGGGAGGUGUGACCGAUCAGCUGUAUUCAGAGAUGAGGCCGGCAGUGGACGGAGCAAACUACAUCAUCAAACACAUGCGCAACAAGAACGACUACAACGAGGAGAAAGAUAACUGGAGCGGCAUCGCUCGUACGGUGGACCGCCUCUGUCUCUUCCUGGUUACCCCGGUGAUGACCUUCGGCACCAUCAUCAUCUUCCUGAUGGGGAUCUGUAACCACCCUCCACCUCUGCCCUUUCAAGGAGACACACACGACUACAGAGAGGAGAACCCACGCCUGCUGUGACACGCACACACACUCACACACACAUCGUGUUUAGAUCAGGAAGUUUGUUGCUUCAUAAUUAUUUUUGUUUGUUUCCAGGAAGCUUAUUGUGUUUUUUUUUGUUAACUUAAAUUUGAAGUGAAUCACGAAAUCAGUUUAUUGCUAUUUUAAUUUAAUUUGUGUGGUUUGAAUAAACAUUCACAGUCGGCAGACGUCUUUGA